UGACAUUUGUUUUUUAAAAUACAUUAUUUAAAAAAAAGAUUCGGAAAAAAGAAAGAAAACUUAUACGGGUCUACCGGAGUCGUUUGCGUACAAUUAGCCAUUAGGUUGGGUACAUAAUCAGUUUAUGAGAUUACUUCAAUACAAUCCGCCAAAUUACGCGACCUUCCUCAACAUUCUCUACCCUUCCCUUUACCUCCUCUCUUCCAUCAGCAUCUUCAAUGGCCUCACGAGACGACAAGCCCUCCAAGCCCUCCAGCAGUCGGACCGGCGGUAUUCGAACCCUUUCCGAUCUGAAUCGACGCUCGCCUGAUUCUGUCGGCGACCCCGAUGGUCCUCAAGAGUAUUAUACGGGUGGUGAGAAGAGUGGGAUGCUUGUCCAAGAUCCUACAAAGGGUAAUGAUGUGGACUCGCUUUUUAAUCAAGCUAGGCAAAUGGGAGCUGUAGAAGGCCCUAUUGAUCAUGCCCGUUCAUCAGGCUCCAGCAGUUUUACCGGAACUGGUAGGUUACUCUCAGGAGAAACUGUACGUUCUGCACCUGAUCAGCCCGAGAGCAUUGUUCACAAUAUUGUAUUCUGGAGCAAUGGCUUUACUGUAAACGAUGGCCCUUUGAGGAGGUUGGAUGAUCCUGAAAAUUCAUCUUUUUUGGAGAGCAUUAGAAAGUCUGAGUGCCCCAGAGAGCUUGAACCUGCAGACAGAAGGUCCUCCGUUCAUGUUAAUUUAAUUAGGAGAAUGGAGGAGUAUCGUGAGCCAGAGAAACCACGUCUUCCAUUUCAAGGUGUAGGAAGAACUCUUGGUGGUACCGCUCCAUCUCAAGCAGCAAACGGGCCAACUGCUACUCCCACUGAUGUCAAUAGCAGUCCAAGCCCUUCUGCAGGCCUCAUCGUGGAUGAAUCGUUGCCGUCAACCUCAAUUCAGCUUAGGUUGGCAGAUGGAACACGCAUGGUAUCUCAUUUCAAUUACCAACACACAAUCAGUGAUAUUCGUGCUUUCAUUGACGCAUCUAGACCAGGGGGUGCCAGGAACUAUCAGCUGCAGUUGAUGGGUUUCCCUCCCAAGCUUCUUAGUGACGUGACCCAGACAAUCGAGCAGGCAGGUCUUGCCAAUUCUGUUGUUAUCCAGAAGUUUUAGCAACUUAGAUAAACUUUCUUUUAGACCGUAACUAAAAGAGGAAAAAAAAAAACAUUCAAACUAUGAAAUGGUUUCUCAGAUUGGAAAAGUUUGUGAUGAAUAUUCGAAGUAUAGUCCAGGUGUUUUGAAUAUCGUGGUUGUCUAUUUUGUUUAUGUUUCUGUGUCGGAAGACAUUUCCUUCUACAAGUUACAGCAAAAAUCUCUUCAAUAACUAUAUAUUUUAAGUUGGCACUA